AUGAGUGACAGCUCGAAGAAUUAUCGGAGCUCCACAGGUGUCCUCCAGCAAAGCUUCACCAUGAGUGGCGACCCAGAAAUGGAAUGUUUUGGCGCUGCAGCCAUAUACCUCCGUAAGCCAGGACGAGAGCGAAUAGAGGCUCAGAACAGCCCCUUUGAUGCUAAAACAGCAUACUUUGUGGCUGAGCCCAAAGAGAUGUACCUGAAAGGGAAACUUAUCAAGAGAGACGGAGGGAAAGCCACAGUUGAGACACUCUGUGGGAAGACUCUGACUGUAAAAGAGGAUGACAUCCACCCCAUGAACCCUCCAAAGUACGAUAAGAUUGAGGACAUGGCCAUGAUGACACAUCUGAGUGAGCCCUCUGUGCUGUAUAACCUCAAAGAGCGUUAUGCAGCGUGGAUGAUCUACACCUACUCUGGGCUGUUCUGUGUGACUGUGAACCCCUACAAGUGGCUCCCAGUGUAUGAUGCAGCAGUUGUGUCAGGAUACAGAGGCAAGAAGAGAAUGGAGGCUCCUCCCCACAUCUUCUCCAUCUCUGACAAUGCCUAUCAGUUCAUGCUCCAAGACAGGGAAAACCAGUCCAUCCUGAUCACCGGAGAAUCCGGAGCAGGAAAGACAGUCAACACUAAGCGUGUCAUCCAGUACUUUGCAACAAUUGCAGUGUCUGGAGGAAAAAAGGCAGAGACAGUUUCAAGCAAAAUGCAGGGGUCGCUGGAAGAUCAAAUCAUUGCUGCAAACCCACUGCUGGAGGCUUAUGGCAAUGCCAAGACUGUGAGAAAUGACAACUCAUCUCGUUUUGGUAAAUUCAUCAGAAUCCAUUUUGCGACAACUGGAAAGUUGGCGUCUGCUGAUAUUGAAACAUACCUGCUGGAGAAAUCUCGAGUGACCUUCCAACUGUCUGCUGAGAGGAGCUACCACAUCUUCUACCAGCUCUGCACAGGACACAAGCCUGAACUGUUAGAGGCUCUUCUGAUCACCACAAACCCAUAUGACUACCAUAUGAUAAGUCACGGAGAAAUCACUGUCAAGAGUAUCAAUGAUGUUGAAGAAUUCAUCGCUACUGAUACUGCAAUUGACAUCCUAGGCUUCACAGCUGAAGAAAAGGCCAGCAUGUACAAACUGACAGGUGCUGUGAUGCAUCAUGGGAACAUGAAGUUCAAGCAGAAGCAACGAGAAGAACAGGCUGAGCCUGACGGCACGGAGGUGGCUGAUAAAAUUGCCUACCUCAUGGGUCUCAACUCUGCUGAUUUGCUAAAGGCGCUCUGCUAUCCCAGGGUAAAAGUUGGGAAUGAGUUUGUGACCAAAGGUCAAACAGUCCCACAGGUCAACAACAAUGUGUCAGCACUGUGCAAAUCUGUCUAUGAGAAAAUGUUCUUCUGGAUGGUUGUCCGCAUUAACGAAAUGCUGGAUACGAAGCAGGCGAGGAGUUUUUUCAUUGGUGUCCUGGAUAUCGCGGGUUUUGAAAUUUUUGAUUACAACAGUUUGGAGCAGCUGUGCAUCAACUUCACAAAUGAAAAACUGCAACAGUUUUUCAACCACCACAUGUUUGUCCUGGAGCAAGAAGAGUACAAGAAAGAAGGCAUUGAAUGGGAGUUCAUUGACUUUGGGAUGGACUUGGCUGCCUGCAUUGAGCUUAUUGAGAAGCCAAUGGGCAUCUUCUCCAUCCUUGAAGAGGAGUGUAUGUUUCCAAAGGCAUCAGACACUACCUUCAAAAACAAACUGUAUGACCAGCAUCUGGGAAAAACUGCCUCUUUUCAAAAACCCAAGGCUGUCAAAGGAAAAGCUGAGGCACAUUUCUCCCUUGUGCACUAUGCUGGCACUGUGGAUUAUAAUGUGACGGGCUGGUUGGACAAAAACAAGGACCCUCUGAACGACUCAGUGGUCCAGCUCUAUCAGAAGUCUUCAGUCAAGCUGCUGGCCAUGCUCUAUGCAUCUCAUGCCGCCGCUGACGCUGAGGCAAGUGGAAAAAAAGGUGCCAAGAAAAAGGGUGGUUCAUUUCAGACAGUCUCAGCUCUGUUCAGGGAAAACUUGGGGAAGUUAAUGACCAAUUUAAGAAGCACUCAUCCACAUUUUGUGCGCUGUUUGAUUCCAAAUGAAUCUAAAACUCCAGGUCUUAUGGAGAACUUCCUGGUCAUCCACCAGUUGAGGUGUAAUGGAGUGCUGGAGGGAAUCCGCAUCUGCAGAAAAGGCUUCCCCAGUAGAAUCCAAUACGGAGACUUCAAGCAGAGAUACAAAGUGUUGAAUGCCAGUGUCAUCCCAGAGGGACAGUUUAUUGACAACAAAAAGGCCUCAGAGAAACUCUUGGGCUCUAUUGAUGUCGAUCGCACUCAAUACAAAUUUGGUCACACAAAGGUGUUCUUUAAAGCUGGAUUGCUAGGAUUACUGGAAGAAAUGCGAGAUGAAAAACUUGCUAUUUUGGUGACUAUGACUCAGGCCUUAUGUCGAGGCUUCUUAAUGAGGAGAGAGUUUGUCAAAAUGAUGGAGCGCAGGGAAGCCAUUUUCUCCAUCCAGUACAACAUCCGCUCAUUCAUGAAUGUCAAAACAUGGCCAUGGAUGAAGCUUUACUUUAAGAUCAAGCCUCUUCUGAAGAGUGCAGAAACUGAAAAGGAAAUGGCCCAAAUGAAGGAACACUUUGAGAAAACGAAGGAGGAUCUGGCAAAAGCUUUAGCGAAGAAAAAGGAGCUAGAAGAGAAAAUGGUUACUCUGCUCCAAGAAAAGAAUGACUUGCAGAUACAAAUUCAGUCUGAAGGCGAAAACCUCUCCGAUGCAGAGGAAAGAUGUGAGCAGUUGAUCAAAUCCAAAAUCCAACUUGAAUCCAAAGUAAAAGAAACGUCUGAGAGACUGGAGGAUGAGGAGGAGAUCAAUGCUGAGCUGACGGCAAAGAAGAGGAAGCUGGAAGAUGAAUGCUCCGAGUUGAAAAAGGACAUUGACGACUUGGAGCUCACUCUGGCCAAAGUGGAGAAAGAAAAACAUGCAACAGAGAACAAGGUAAAAAAUCUUGUUGAGGAAAUGGCUUCUCAAGAUGAAACUAUUGUCAAGUUAACCAAGGAGAAGAAGGCUCUCCAAGAGGCCCAUCAACAGGUUCUGGAUGACCUUCAGGCAGAGGAAGACAAAGUCAAUUCUCUGACUAAGGCCAAGACCAAACUGGAGCAGCAAGUUGAUGAUCUGGAAGGCUCUCUUGAGCAAGAAAAGAAGAUUCGCAUGGAUCUUGAAAGAAGCAAAAGGAAACUUGAAGGAGAUCUUAAACUGGCCCAUGAAACCAUCAUGGAUCUAGAAAACGACAAGCAGCAGUCUGAGGAGAAAAUUAAGAAGAGGGACUUUGAGAUGAGCCAGCUUCUCAGUAAAAUUGAAGAUGAACAGGCAAUUGAAAUCCAGCUUCAAAAGAAAAUCAAGGAGCUACAAGCUCGUAUUGAGGAGCUGGAGGAGGAAAUUGAAGCUGAGCGAGCGGCUCGGGCUAAAGUAGAAAAACAGCGCUCAGAUCUCUCAAGAGAACUUGAGGAGAUCAGCGAGAGGUUGGAGGAAGCUGGCGGAGCCACAUCCGUCCAGAUUGAGAUGAAUAAAAAGCGUGAGUCCGAGUUUCAAAAACUACGGAGAGAUCUGGAAGAAUCCACUCUUCAUCAUGAGGCCACUGCUGCUGCACUGCGCAAAAAGCAGGCUGACAGUGUGGCUGAACUGGGAGAGCAGAUUGACAACCUCCAGAGAGUCAAGCAAAAACUGGAGAAGGAGAAGAGUGAAUACAAGAUGGAGAUUGACGAUCUUACAAGCAACAUGGAGGCUGUUGCUAAAGCUAAAGUUAACCUUGAGAAAAUGUGUCGCAGUCUUGAGGAUCAGCUCAGUGAGCUAAAAUCAAAAAAUGAUGAAAAUGUUCGACAACUGAAUGACGUUGGAGUUAAUAAAGCAAGACUCCAGACUGAACAUGGUGAAAUCAGUCGCCAGCUGGAAGAAAAGGAUGCUCUGAUUUCACAGCUGACAAGAAGCAAACAGGCUUAUACUCAGCAGGUUGAGGAGAUGAAGAGGCAUAUUGAGGAAGAAGUUAAGGCUAAAAAUGCCCUGGCUCACAGCCUGCAGUCAUCCCGUCAUGACUGUGACCUGCUCAGAGAGCAGUAUGAGGAAGAGCAAGAGGCCAAGGCCGAGCUGCAGCGAGCACUGUCCAAGGCCAACAGUGAAGUGGCUCAGUGGAGAACCAAAUAUGAGACUGAUGCCAUUCAGCGCACUGAGGAGCUGGAAGAGGCCAAGAAAAAGCUGGCACAGCGUCUCCAGGAUGCAGAGGAAUCCAUUGAGGCUGUGAAUGCAAAAUGUGCCUCUCUAGAAAAGACCAAGCAGAGGCUUCAGGGCGAAGUGGAAGACCUGAUGAUCGAUGUGGAAAGAGCGAAUGGUCUCGCAGCUACACUGGACAAAAAACAAAGGAACUUUGACAAGGUUCUUGCAGAAUGGAAACAGAAGUAUGAGGAGAGCCAGGCUGAACUGGAGGGAGCUCAGAAAGAAGCUCGCUCUCUUAGCACAGAAAUGUUUAAACUGAAGAACUCCUAUGAAGAGACUUUGGACCAUCUGGAGACUCUGAAGAGAGAAAACAAAAACUUGCAACAGGAAAUUUCUGAUCUCACCGAACAGAUAGGUGAAAAUGGAAAAACCAUUCAUGAACUGGAAAAGGGGAAAAAGGUUGUAGAAAUAGAGAAAUCUGAAUUACAGACUUCCCUUGAAGAAGCUGAGGCCACAUUGGAGCAUGAGGAGUCCAAGAUCCUUCGUGUUCAGCUUGAAUUGACACAGCUCAAGGGUGAAAUCGACAGGAAACUGGCAGAAAAGGAUGAAGAGAUUGAGCAGAUCAAGAGGAACAGCCAGAGAGUCAUUGAGACCAUGCAGAGCACUUUGGAUGCUGAAAUCAGGAGCAGAAACGAUGCCCUGAGAAUCAAGAAGAAGAUGGAGGGAGACCUGAAUGAAAUGGAGAUUCAGCUGAGCCAUGCCAACCGCCAGGCUGCUGAAGCACAGAAACAACUGAGGAAUGUGCAGGGCCAGCUCAAGGAUGCACAACUGCACCUUGACGAGGCCCUCAGGGGCCAAGAUGAAAUGAAGGAGCAAGUGGCCAUGGUGGAGCGCAGGAACAACCUGAUGCUGGCAGAGAUCGAGGAGCUGAGAGCUGCUCUGGAACAAACCGAGAGAAGCCGCAAAGUGGCUGAACAAGAGCUGGUGGACGCCAGCGAGCGCGUGGGACUCCUCCACUCUCAAAACACCAGCUUGAUCAACACAAAGAAGAAACUGGAGGCUGAUCUGAUUCAGAUUCAAGGAGAAGUAGAAGAUGCAGUCCAGGAAUCUAGAAAUGCUGAGGAGAAGGCCAAGAAAGCCAUCACUGAUGCCGCCAUGAUGGCAGAGGAGCUGAAGAAGGAGCAAGACACCAGUUCUCAUCUGGAGAGGAUGAAGAAAAACCUGGAGGUGACUGUGAAGGACUUGCAGCUUCGUCUGGAUGAGGCUGAGAACCUGGCUAUGAAGGGCGGAAAGAAGCAGCUGCAAAAGCUUGAGGCUAGGGUCAGAGAAUUAGAGAAUGAAGUUGAUGCUGAGCAAAGGCGCAGUGCUGAAGCCAUAAAAGGAGUGCGAAAAUAUGAAAGAAGAGUGAAAGAACUUACCUACAAGACUGAGGAAGAUAAGAAAAAUAUUAGCAGACUGCAAGAGUUGGUAGAUAAGCUUCAGCUGAAAGUAAAAGCUUACAAGAGACAAUCUGAAGACGCAGAGGAGCAGGCCAACACUCACCUGACCAGAUACAGGAAGGUGCAACAUGAGUUGGAGGAGGCCCAAGAACGGGCUGACAUUGCUGAAUCGCAGGUUAACAAGCUCAGGGCUAGAAGCCGUGAAAUUGUCAAGACCAAAGACGAAGAGGAAUGA